UGGCCCGUGCGGAAGCCGCGCCCGGUGGUGCAGAAGCUGCAACCGACGGAGUCGCUGAUCACUGGGCAGCGCGUCGACGGCGAGGAGGUCAACGUGAUGCUGCGCACCGUGCUGAUCGCGAACACGAGCAACAUGCCGGUUGCCGCUCGCGAGGCUUCGAUCUACACGGGGAUCACGAUCAGCGAGUACUUCCGAGACAUGGGGCUGAAUGUGACGAUGCUCGCAGACAGCACGUCGCGCUGGGCAGAGGCGCUGCGCGAGAUCAGCGGCCGGCUCGGCGAGAUGCCGGCGGACAGCGGCUACCCGGCGUACCUGGGUGGCCGGCUCGCGACGUUCUACGAGCGGGCAGGCAAGUCGCGCUGCUUUGGCGCGCCGGAGCGUACCGGCUCGAUUACGGUGAUCGGCGCCGUCUCGCCGCCGGCUGGCGACUUUAGCGACCCGGUCACGGUGAGCACGAUGAACAUCGUGCAAGUUUUCUGGGGCCUCGACAAGAAGCUGGCGCAGCGCAAGCACUUCCCGUCGGUGAACUGGACGAAAAGUUACUCGAAGUACGUCGACUCGCUCGCGCCUUUCUUUGCGAAGAUCGACGGGACCUUCGUCAGCAACCAGCGACUGUUUUGCGACCUGCUGCAGAAGGAAGUCGAGCUGCAAGAAAUUGUGCAGCUAGUCGGCCGCGACUCGUUGAGCGAAGACCAGAAGCUGAUUCUCGACGUUUCGAAAAUGAUUCGCGAGGACUUUCUGCAGCAAAACGCGUUCUCGGACUACGACUACAACUGCCCGCUGCCGAAGACGCUGAACAUGAUGCGGCUGAUUGCGGCGUUCUACAAGACCGUGCUGGGCUUUUUGCACGACUCGAACAAGCCAGGCGCUGCGACCAUGCAAUAA